AAACAAGAAAGAAAACACCGUCUGCUGUUUUAUUCUAUCAUUUGUUGUUUGUUUAUUAAAGCUAGGUUCUUCAGAAUUAAAAGAAAGAAAGCAAACAACAAAACAAUUCAAGUGCCUACUUGAAAACGGUAGGGAAUUCUACAUUUUACUCCGACUCGAGCGCAUGUGCCUCACGCUGCCGCAGUGUCUACAUUGAAUUUGGACAGCUGGGAUGCGUGUGAGCGCUUUUGCCUGUUAGUGCUGGUAGAUGUUGGGUUGACACUUGAUCGAAUUCCGGCUCGCACGAGGAAAUGAUCGACAUAUGGUUCGGUGUCUUUUUAUGUUUUCUACUCGCACCUGUAUCGGUGGCGGAGGCUGUCAGAGCAGAUCAGAUAGUGUUGGUGAUAUUGAGAGGAGUGACGGGCCCACCCGUGUCGGAAUUGCGCCGUGAAAUCACCCGCCAGUUUGAUGGUUCCAGCCCUGUCAUACCAUCUAUUCAUGUCGUUCCUGGUGACUUGUACGUCAAAGGAGCUUGGACGCUUUUGCCUCUUUUUCCAAAGUUGGUGGAAUUCCAUCCGAAUGCGACGUGGCUAGUUAUUCUACAAGAAACGACCCGAAUAAAUUGGGCCGAAUUGGUCGAUUUGACGCAACGCUUCGAUCCCGAUAAAGAAUGGUUUAUCGGGCGCGAGCUCUUCGACAAAGAGCCGACUAUCGUACAUCAUUUUGCCUUCCAUCAUGAUCCAUCAGCAUUCAAAUAUCCCCUUGGAGAGACGGGCAUCCUUUUGAGCUGGCCAGCUGUCAAACGGGUCCACUCGCGGAUAGCUCGCCAACAGCUGCCCAGAGAUUUCUCCAUCGAUGCCCAACAUGAACUAGCUGUCUACCUAAUGGAGGGUGUCAAUAUGACUCGUUCGUCAGCCUUGUGUCUACGUCCAGGACCCGGCUGUGCCACAUGGAUCCAGCCGUUUGAGCCCUGCGGGACGCGUGUAGAUGCUGACGACUUGUUCUUUGCAGUCAAAACGUGGUCAAAGUUCCAUACGGAUCGAGUACCCAUUGUUCAGAGAACUUGGGCUCGCCAAGUGCAUCAACUCGUCUUCUUCAGCGAUGUAGCCGAUGAGAGAAUCCCCACCAUAUCGUUGGGCGUGCCCAACACCGAGAGCGGCCACUGCUCCAAGACGAUGGCCAUAAUUGACCACCUGCAUGAACGGAUGGCCUCGAUAGAGCCCAGUCUCCGUUGGUAUGUCAUAGCAGAUGAUGAUUCCAUAAUAGGGGUUCGAAAGCUGCGGGAAUUCUUAACGUGUCACGAUCCGUCGCAGCCGCUUCUUAUCGGGCAAAGGUACGGCUAUGCAAGUGGGCACAAUUACGGAUACGAUUACAUUACGGGUGGCGGAGGCAUGGUACUAAGUCGAACUGCCCUUCAACUGAUAGCGGCCAAUUGCCGUUGUCCCGCACCCGAUACCCCCGACGAUAUGUGGCUGGGUGCGUGUAGCGAAUCCCUCGGCAUUUCCAUCGUACAUUUCUCCGGAUUCCAUCAGGCCAGACCGGAUGACUAUCCGAUGGAGCUGUUACACACGCAAUUUGUUAUUUCCUUCCAUAAACACUGGAUGCACGAUCCUGUACAAGUGUACGAAACAUGGUUCGCUGAUGAAGAUGAUUUUUCAAUUUCCUCACCUGUCGAUGGUGACGAUGGCUGUUCCGUGAUGGAUCCAUCGCAGCAUUGUCAGGUGAAGCAACAGCCCGCCGAGUUGUUUCAGAGCACCAGCAUAGAAAGACUACCUGAUGAAUUGUGACAUAUCUCGUUGCUCUUGUUCCGUGCAAUAGGUUUCCGUGGAUCGCGCAAUCAUUUCCCCUUUCGUACGGUGCAUCCGUUUUGAUUUGACCUUUCGUUUUCUACUUGUUGAAUUGCCCAAACAAAUCCACAAAGAAAUCGAGAAAACUAAAAACCUUUCCCUAAAUUUUAUCCCAUUGAUUUUGAUUUUUAUUUGUUUUUCAAAAGAAACCCAAAUGCUUUGAAUGCCAAUGGGUUUUUGUCUGCAAUUUCAUUUUCAAAUGCCUUGUUGACUCAUACGAGAUACGGAUAGUGGUGGAGCUUUUGUGCUUAUAGAAACACGAUAAACUUAGUUUGGUUGCAAAGGAAAAAAAUCGAAAUAGCGUCCGUUAGCGUGUGGCCAAAGUUUACAUUCAAAGCUUUCAACACGACUCGCUUCUGUUUAGGUUCAUUCUGCGCCGUUGUGUUUUGUUUCGGAUGUCCUCGUCCUUAGUUCUCGGGGAGAAAGAACACGAAAAGGCACCCAAGAAAUCCGACCUAUUUUUAUAUAGUGCACCAGCAUUGCACAAUUGUGUCCGGUCAUUCGCAAGCUUUUUACCUGAAUUUCACAUUUCACUAUGACCAAGUUGCCCUUGCAUUGCUUACGCCAAGGGUUAAAAAUAAACUUGUUUUCUUUUU